AUGAACAUGUGGGUGUGGAUCAACUGUAACGACCUGGCAACAGAGGGAGAAUUCGUCUGUGAUGUCGAUGGUAAUGGAACUCCACCAAGCUCAUCGUGGUGGAAAGACGGACAUCCCGACGGUAGCUCCUAUGGAGAAGCGGACUGUGCAGUCACACGCUGGAGGUUUGAACUUCUCAAAUGGUACGACGUACCAUGCUCAUUGAAUGAAUACACAAUGUGUCAGUUUAUAAUCGGACAGCCAGAACAGUAAGGAUAACCUUGGCCAAGACAAUAUCAUGAAGUUUAGUAAAUGAUGGUGGGUCUGAUUUCUACGAUUGAUUACAUUGAUUGUUGUGUUUUUGGUGUAUGCUCAAUCGUUAAAAACGAAAACAAAAAUGAAAGCGAAAGCCAGCAACAAUAACAACAACAUCAAGCUUUUGAAACUUUGUGUUAUGUUGUCCAAUCCAACACUCUGGACAUGAUUGAAGAUUUCGUUAUGUUGUUACGGUGCAGUUCAUAGUCAAUGACCCACGCUUUAAUCAGCAAGCAAUUGUAUAGUUUUUAUUAGUAUGAAUUUAUUAAAUUUUCAAAAGUAAAUAUUCAUUUUGUGUGUGUGUCAAUGAGUGCGCCUGUAAAUAUGGCACCCGGUCAGAAUCCUCCCUAUAUAUGGGAAAUGUAUAUAAUGUAAAAAAGUUAACAUAUAAGUGAUUAAUGCUAAUUGUGAAAAUUGAAAUAGUAGAAAUUACACGCAUGGAAGUGGUAAUGUGGUUCAUGCCAGAGCUUCAAUUUCUGUCUAUCUCAUAUAAUCGCUAACCUCAAAUUGGCCACGAAGUUUUAUGUUAAUAUUAGCCUAGGUCGUGAACUUUGGGUAUAAACCCUAUGUUUUAGAAAAGAAAAUGUUAGUUUUGCAUGGAUUUAGGUUCAAGAGGCAUACGCCAUGCAUAGAAUAAUGGGUUAUAUUUUACACUAUAAAAGGGGGUUUGCUUAAUAUUGGGUUACAAGGGUAUUGGUUGGAUAAGAUUACACGAGAUGUUAUGCAAUUUUGUUUGAAAAUUACAAAUGAAACGUACAUUUUGUUACCGAACAAGCAUGUUUCCUUGAAUAUUGGGUAACAUUUUACUCAUUGUUUAGAGAGAAGUUCGUUUAAAUGAGAAAUAUUUGAAAUGUAAUCUACGAAUCGAACAUGUCUAAUACC